UCAGAGAACGCAUAGAGUACAGAACUGUGACUUCAUUUUUUAAUCAGGAAGUGCAGUACAAACAAUAAGUGUGCGUGUGCAUGCACUGGUUCUCACACUAAUGCUUUUAUGGGCCUGCCGACUAAAUCGGGAACAGUUGAGUGUGCUUGGAGUACGGUUCAAAGGCUUCAUCGUGUUUACAUUGACGUUUAGAGAGUCUGAAAGUUGUAAUCCUGUGGACAGACCAUGGAUAAAUACUUAACAUUUGAAGCUUACAAAAAAAUAUGGUCGCAGCCCGUUAAAUCGGUUUCCGUUGAGUACGAUGGCAUCAAACUGCACGAAGGAGGGGACGAGGUGGUGAAGGCCCUGAAAACGUUCGAAGUUAGAGACGAAGACAGCUGGGUCGUAACAUUUCCCAAAGCCGGAACAACCUGGGUUCAGGAGAUAAUGUCCUGUGUGAUGCAUGACGGGGACUUGGAGGCUGUCAACAAGAGACACACCGUGUUCCGAGUGCCUUUCCUGGAGAUGAGUCCACCGUCUAGCGUCCUCCAAGGCAAAACGGUGCCUAAAACCCACAAGAUUGUGGACUCGAUUCCGUCGCCUCGGGUCAUCAAAUCGCAUUUACCCGGUCAGUUCCUACCUCCCCAGCUCUGGGAGAAGAAGGCCAAGAUUGUUUACGUCAUCCGCAACCCCAAGGACGUGGUCGUGUCCUACUUCUACUUCACAAAGAUGGUCGAUCCCGAGCAAAAGGAGCAGUCAUUUGGCGAGUUUUUUGACGACAUGAUGAAUGGAAAAGUGGAGUACGGCCCGUGGUGGGACCACUACUUGUUCUUCUGGAAGAAGAGACACGAUCCGAAAAUCCUGCUGGUGAGAUUCGAGCACCUGAAGAGGGAUCUGAGAGGCAGUGUUGAGAAGAUCAGCAAGUUCUUGGGCAAAGACUUUUCUGCGGCGACAUUGGACGCCAUAACGGAGCACUGCACCUUCGCUAACAUGAAGAAAAACCCCAUGUCCAACCCCGAUUCGAUUUGGGUCCCGGCAGAAGCGGCCACUUCCUUCAUGAGAAAAGGCAAAGUUGGCGAUUGGAAAUCGCAUUUCACUGUUGCCCAGAACGAGGCGAUGGACGCCUUCAUUCGGGACAGGUUCUACGGGACUGGAUUGGCCUUUGACUACUAGUCGACCGCCCGAAAGCAUUUCUGUUCGGUAAUUAGAACCAAUUUCAUGGUUAUUGGCCAAAAUGGCAAAGUCAUUUGGAGGUGUGUUCUGAGUUUUAAGUUUGGGGUGACCUAUGACUUUUCUUAUUUUUUUCUGUUUUUUGUCAGUCGAGGGUCAGAAUGCUCUAGAUUUUAGAAACAUUUCUACAGUUUCCUAUGUAGAAAUUAUUAGCGAGCUUCCAUGGAUUUUCAUUUUUCCCCUUUCCCUUUUCUCAUGGUAAACACAAUUUAUUUACUUUUAGCAGAUCAAUCAGGUGAUAGUUUAAAAUAAGAUUUGAGUGCCUCACAUCUCGGACCUAAUAGGGCGGAGUGCGCCCUCUAUACUGGUCGUAAGCUGAAGGGGAAAAUGCAGCAUUUGGUCAAGUUAAAGAUUUUCCCAUCGUGUCGGGGAGGACAGCUUUCCUUUGCUGUAACACCUAUCAAAAUUCUUUUCAGUUAGAAAGAAAUCCCAAGACAGUGGGUCGUAUGAAUAAAAAGUAGUAUGUACUUUUACUACCAUUUUCGAAGCAUUUACUCGUG